UUUACAGUCGAAAAUUCAAAACAAGUCGUCAAGACAUUAAUCAAGACUCGAAUUCUUCCAGAAUACAUUUUAGUAUCAUUUGAUGUUUGUAAUUGUUUUAACAAUGUCUCAACACAAUUAGCACUCAAAAUUGUUGAAAAGUAUUUUGAUAUACGCAUAAAACCUAAUACUAAAAUUCCAAAAUCAACUUUUAUGAAUUUGUUAAAAUUUUGUUUGAUUGACUGCAACUACUUUAAUUUCAAAGAUAAAAUUAUAAGAAUGAAAACUGGUUUAUUUAUGGGAUCAUCUUUAGCACCAAUUUUAGUUGAAUGGGUUUUAGAUGAAGUAAUUCAGGAAGCAUUUCAAAAAAUAGAUUUUGUUCCACAAUUUUGGAUGGCAUAUGUUGAUGAUCAUUUGACUGCAGUUCCAAAAAACAAAAUAAAUAUGAUCAAAACAGCUUUAGAAUCAUUUGAUGGCAAUAUUCUUUUUACCUAUGAAACAGAAAAUGUUGUAACUAAAGAAAUAAAUUACCUGGAUUUAACAAUUAAAAGAAAUGAAGACGGCAGUAUCAUCACUAACUGGUUUCAUAAACCGAUAGCUUCAAAUAGAUUAAUUAACUAUUAUUCAGCUCAUCCAAUUAAUAUGAAAUAUAACACUGUUAAAAGUUUUAUUGGAAAGGUGUUUUCAUUCAGUCAUAAGAUUUACAUGGAAAAUAACAUUGAAAGAAUUAAUCGCAUUUUGAUUAAAAAUAACUAUCCAGUUCAAGUCAUCAAUAAAUUAAUUAAAUGUGUUCAAAAUGAAAAUUUUAAAAAUCGAACUAAAUCACCAAAUAAAUAUAGUAGAAGAAGCUACCAAUUCCUAUCUGAAACAAAAGAUGAAACUGUUAUUCGCGAUACAAAAAUUUAUUCAUCUAUAACUUAUAUUCCUGGACUGAGCGAAUCUUUAGCAAAAAAGUGCGAAUACUUUGUUCCUGAAAUAAAAACUGCCAUGAGACCAAAUAACAAAGUAUCUCAUUUUUUCGCUAAUACAAAAUCAAAGAUUGAGAAAACAAAUAAAAGUGGAGUAGUUUACUCUAUUCCAUGCAAUGACUGCCCAAAAAUAUAUAUUGGUGAAACAAUACAAAAAUUAGGUUGUCGUAUCAAUCAACAUAAAAAUGAAUGCAAGAAAGUCCUCGAAGGCUCAUCUUACAAAAAUAUCGCCGCUUUAGCUGAACAUACUAAACAAAAUGGACAUUCUUUUAAAUUCGAUGAAACUAAAAUUUUGAAAUCUGAAAAUCAAAAGUUUAAAUUACAAGUGCAUGAAGUAAAUCAAAUAAUUAAGUACGAAGAAAUAGCUUGUAAUUUUAAAACUGAUAAAAAAGACUAUAGUAAUACUUACCAUAACUUAAUAGUUAGUUCUUAAAAUAACAUAAAUAUUAAUUUGUUAUAAAUAAUUACUUUAUUUAUUUGUACUCAGUAAUUUGCUUGUUUUGAUUCUUAAUUAAAAAUUAAAAAUCAAAAAUAAAAAUUAAAUCAAUCAUUUCAUAAAUAUUAAUGUUGUAGCCUGUGAAAAUAUUUUAUAUGUUAUAAAUAUAAUUAUAUCAUAGCCCUGAAGAUGAGGUGUAAAUCACCUCGAAAUAUAUUGGCAAAAUAUUAAAAAAUAAAAAAUGGCGUUUUAAUUGAAUUUGAAGAAAGCUAUACAACUAAAGAAUAUAAAUAUAACAAUUCAGCAAAACAAAAUAAAAAAUAUAGAAUCAGUUUGGUACACAAAAGCAAGUUACAUUUGUUUUAUUUAAAUUAAUUAAUUUGACAAGAUAAUGAAAUGAAGAUAAACAUAUUAGAAUAAAAUUAAAUUAAAUUGGAUUUAUCUUUAAGUUUGAAUUCGCAAUCAUCAAAUUAUUUACAGUUUCUUGGUUCAACCUCGAUCGUUUUUCUGUAAUUUUAUUUCCAGCCUGUGAAAAUGCAUUUUCACACCACCAUUGAAGAAUAUCCACAGGGCCUUUCGAAUUAAACUGAAUGUAUCUUUCUCUUUCAAUAUCAACAGAGUUCACGCUCGUUGUUGUAUUUUCAUUCAUAAGAUCCGAGAAAAUAUAACUGGCCCUGGGACUAGUUGUUGGUUGUUCGUCCAAAAUAUCUUCAGAUGCCGCAGCAGUACAUAGCAGGAACUAUUGACUUUAUGUAAUCAUAUAUUUCAGUCUUUUCAGUUGGGGACAAUAAUUGCAUUUUAUUGCACGGGGGAUAUAAAAAUGUCGCACUUUUGAAUGACAAUUUAAUUUCGGGAUAAAACAAACUAAAUAAUGUUUAACUUUGUAUUUUAAAUCAUUUAAAUUUUCUGAAUUUUCCAAAAUGUCAGGCCACAAAUCUGUUGUUGCCGAAAAGUUUUUAAUAAAACCGAGUUCUGUUUUGACUAUUUCCACUAAUUUCUCUUUAAUAUUUUUUACAUUGUUGCUUAUGGUUGUUCCAGUGGGAAGCAUGUCUUUCACUUUAACAUGUUCUCCAUAUUUAGCACCGAUUUGUAUACACUCUUUAACAAAUGCCUGCAUUCUAGAGCCUUCUACAGUAGAAAACGGUCUAAUAUCUUCAAUACACAGCUUCACGGACACAUCAAAAACUGCUUUCUCAUCGGCCAUCGACACAAUCACUUCUUUAUUUAUAUUUGGCAAGGUUUCUUUAAAACAUCUGUGCCUCAAAAGGUUCGUCGUUGUUUUAAAAUUUUUCAUCACUUUUUUGCACGAUCUGCAUGCCACAAAGUCAGUGGCGUACGUUGAGUUGCGGGGGCCCCGCACAGUGGUGCCAUUCUUCGUUUUUGGCGUCAAAAUUCAUUUGCACGGCCAUUUCUGGACGAAAACUCAUUAAAUUUGGUACACUGAAUGAUAAUAGUAUGGAGAAUACAAAAAGGCUGCCAACUUUUUUUUAUUCAAAAUGGCGGCUCCAAAAUGGCGGGAAGAAUGAGCUUUAAAAUAGAAUUUUCAUUUUCAAAACAGUAUAUAAGCUAGAAAUUGGGCUUAAUUCAUGUCAAAAAGGUGUUAGAUUUAAUAUUUAGGAUUCAUAGAUUCAUAUUCUUUACAAAAAAAAUCAAAAAAUUUGAAAACAAAGUCCAAGAAAUGCCUAUUUAUUAAAACACACUUUAAGACCUCUAAAUACGUUAUUUCAUGUAUCUUUUUUUUUCACUUUUCACAAUUUUGAGAUCUCUUCUAUUUAUGUUUCAUAAGAAAAUUGAAAAUAUUGGGGUUAUAUGGUUGCCAACUAUAUUUUUAAGUAAAUAAAGAAAACAUGAUAUAAUGAAAAGUUACAAUGUUUAAUAAAACUGAGAAUUUAUUUUUUCCGUAAACCAAAAUAUACUUUUCUAAUAGAUUUUAAUGUUUUAAAUUCAAAUCCGAAGUCGAAAAAAAUCUAUGACGUCACGUUUCGUCGAUAAAAAUUAAUUUUGAUCUGCUUGUAUCUCAAAAACGUGACGUCAUAGAUUUUUUUCGACUUCGGAUUUGAAUUUAAAACAUUAAAAUCUAUUAGAAAAGUAUAUUUUGGUUUACGGAAAAAAUAAAUUCUCAGUUUUAUUGAACAUUGUAACUUUUCAUUAUAUCAUGUUUUCUUUAUUUACUUAAAAAUAUAGUUGGCAACCAUAUAACCCCAAUAUUUUCAAAUUUCUUAUGAAACAUAAAUAGAAGAGAUCUCAAAAUUGUGAAAAGUGAAAAAAAAAAAAUACAUGAAAUAACGUAUUUAGAGGUCUUAAAGUGUGUUUUACUAAAUUGGCAUUUUUAGGACUUUGUUUUCAAAUUUUUUGAUUUUUUUGUAAAGAAUAUGAAUCUAUGGAUCCUAAAUAUUAAAUCUAACACCUUUUUGACAUGAAUUAAGCCCAAUUUCUAGCUUAUAUACUGUUUUGAAAAUGAAAAUUCUAUUUUAAAGCUCAUUCUUCCCGCCAUUUUGGAGCCGCCAUUUUGAAUAAAAAAAAGUUGGCAGCCUUUUUGUAUUCUCCAUAUUAUUAUCAUUCAGUGUACCAAAUUUCAUGAGUUUUCGUCCAGAAAUGGCCGUGCAAAUGAAUUUUGACGUUUAAGCCCCUACAAGAAUAUAUCUUGCUAAUUUGAAAAUAAUAAAGUUUCAGUAAAUUAGAAAUUUUUUAAAAAUAUAAAAUGUUUUUAUAUUUUUUUUAACUUUGACCUCGAAUAUCUUUAGAAUGGUUAGAUUAAUGAAAAAAGUUAAUAAGACCUUUUUUGUGGAGUAAUCAAUUUCCAACAAGAAUAUGUCUUGCGCCUUUGAUCAUUAUAAUUUUUCAAUUUGUUACAAAAUUAAGAACAAAAAACGAGUUUUUAAAGAUUUUCUCGAUUUUUGGACCUCAAAUAUCUAUUCAACUGUUAGAUAAACGAAAAAAGUGUAUAAGGCCUUUUUUGUAGAGCGUUCAAUUUCCUACAAGAAUAUGAAAAGAAAUUUGCUAAAAAGUCAAUUAAUAAAAAAAUUAUUUUUUUUUUAGUAGAAGCUUGAUGUAAAAAUGGAAAAUUGCAAAGCGGAGGACCUUCCCAUUAAUAUAAAGAGCUCAUAUUUGGUGUGUAUAUUCUAAAGGGUCUAGCAAUCGAUUUUUCGGAGUACCAAAUCAAAAAAAAAUUUCGAUUUUUUUGACCCACCCUACUAUCCAGUUUAUUUUACUGUUUGAAUACAAAAUAUACCUGUUAAUAUUCCUCAGUCUGAAAACAUCAACGCUGACCAUCCGAUUAGUGAAACUAAAGAUAUAAGCUACCAUCAUGAACUAUUUUUUUUCAUUAGAGAAUUAAUUUAUGAGUAGAAAAAUCAAACACAUUUAACAAAAAUAAUGUGAUCUCCUUUCUUGAUUUACGAAGAAGAACAAAUAAAGGGGGAAAUCCCUGUGGAAUUUUUUAAUAUUAUUUUUAUUAUAUGUAUUUUUUUUUUGUUUAAAAAAAGUAAUACACCUAUCGACUUGACAUAUUAAGUGGAAACUACGCGUCAACUCGUUGGCCAUUGCAUUAACCUAAAAGUUUAAUAUUAUAUAAUAUUGUUUUUAACAAAUUUAUUUAUAAAAAAUGUGUUUUUUCGUUUUUUGGUUUCUAAUAGAGAGCCACCAUUUUGUUCAAUUUUUACUUUAAAAAUCGCAUCCAUACUUCAAAAUUUCUAUAGUAUCUUGUAGUUUUCCGAAUCCCAUACAAAAAUAUUCAAAAAGCAAUUGUCCAGACGAAUUUGUCCCCUAAAAUAAAAUAAGAUGGCUGUUUAGUUUUUGUAACAAGAAAAUAAACAAUGUGUAAAAAAAAAUCGCAAAUUUUUAAAAAUACUUCCAUUUUUGAAUCGCUUAGACCUUAGAAGAACAAACUCUUAAAAGUUUAUUGAAGUCGUAAAAUGCGUUUCUUCCGAAAAAACUAAUAUACCUUACUACCAUAAAAAACUUAUGUAUGAGAAAAGUGGUUGUGGCAGUGAGCGAAUUUUUUUAAAAGUUCUUCCAAAACAUUUUACUCGCCUAAAGAAACAAAUCCUGAAAAUUUCAUUUAAAUCUUUAAAGAAGCUACCUAAAAAACUUGUAUAUGAGAAAAGUAGGCUUGGCAGUGAGCGGAUUUUUCUAAAAGUUGUUCCCUUGCUUAAAAGAACAAACCCUGAAAAUUUCAUCGAAAUCGUUAGAGCCGUUUCCGUUUUAUAUAUGUAUAUACAUUAGGGUGGGUCAAAAAAAUCGAAAUUUUUUUUUUCGACUUGGUACUCCGAAAAAUCGAUUGCUAGACCCCUCUAGAAUAUACACACCAAAUAUGAGCUCUUUAUAUUAAUGGGAAGGUCCUCCGCUUUGCAAUUUUCCAUUUUUACAUCAAGCUUCUACUAAAAAAAUAUUAUUUUUUUAUUAACAAAUUUAAAAAUAAUAACGAUCAAAGGCGCAAGACAUAUUCUUGUUGGAAAUUGAUUGCUCCACAAAAAAGGUCUUAUUAACUUUUUUCAUUAAUCUAACCAUUCUAAAGAUA